AUGCCUGCUUAUCAGACGCUGAUGGAAAUGGGACCUGCUCUCACUUCGAGAGCUGCUAGUGCGAAGGCAGUUCGUCUUUACAAGGCGAUUGUCAAGCAAUUGCCUAGAAUCAUUUCUACGUAUCAAAUGAAUCUGACUUUGAACGAGGCGAAGACGAUUGUGAAAAAUAAGUUCUAUGCUAACGCCGACGUGAGAGAUCCUAGAGUUGCUGAGAUUCUUGUGUAUAGAGGGGCUAUGGAAUUGGACGAGCUCGUCCAGCAGUACCCCCACGAAGAGCAGGCUCGUUAUUACUUCUCUGAGGAGCCUUAUCGUGAGCGUGAUAAAUUCAUGGCCAAGGAACCUGACUAUUUUGACCAGCUGUUAUCUGACUUCGAGCCUAACCUGUAAGCCACUUUUAU